AGUAUGUAGUUAAUAAUUGCUUUAGUAUUAAUCUAGUCGUUCACCGAUCUCAAUGAUUACAUUCUGUUUGGAUCAUGAUAUCGCUACAAAUACGAAAAAAUAUUAAUAUUAGCAAAAGCAUAUUGUUGAUAACAAUAAUAAUAAUUAUUAUCACAUUGAGUAACUGCUGCGAGGAGCCAUUUAUUAAUUGCAACAAUAUAGACGGCAGCGAUUGUUUACCAUAUGAAAAAGUUUGUGAUGGUAAAAUAGAUUGUUUUGAUAAAUCUGAUGAGACAGCUGACACUUGUGUCCAACAAAUAAAUUGUCCACCGCUUUCAUUUCGCUGCGCUUAUGGAGCUUGUGUUCCAAACACUGCUCGAUGUAAUGGUACAAAAGAAUGUGCGGAUAAUUCGGAUGAAAUUCCAAUUUUGUGUAAUUCUAAUUUUAUGAAAGAGAACAGCAUUUGCUUGAAAGAUGAAUUCAUGUGCAAUUCAGGUGAAUGUAUAGCCCAAGAGGAUGUUUGUGAUGGACAUAUAAACUGCUUAGAUCGGUCGGAUGAAACUGUUGAAAUUUGUGCGUCUAACUUAUGUGAUGAUAUGUUUUUUCACUGCGGAUAUGGUGCUUGUAUAAGCACUGAUAGAAAAUGUGAUGCCCAAAUCGAUUGUGCAGACGGAUCAGAUGAAGCUUCAAUGCUUUGUUCGGGAAUCAAACGCAAAACACCAAUACUUCCUGCUACAACCCCAUUGCCACUAGCAUCAACAUUUCCAUUGGAAACCACUACAAGGUUUGAUGAAAUGACAUGCACAGUUCCUGACAUAAAGAACUCUCGAAUAACAUUGGAAUCUAAUCCUAAUAAUCCAUUAAGGGCUGGGGACAAAAUUUCGAACUUUAACUUCAUUAAAUAUGGAUGUGAGCAUGGAUUUUUCCGGGAAGGAAAAGUGGAACUCAAUUUUUGUUCAAAUGGAACUUGGUUUUCCAAUAUUCAUCCACCAUGCAUACGAUAUUGCCCUCACGAAGAACUUCAUGGAGUAACGUUUAAUGUUAAAUGUAUUCUAAACGGUGUUACAGUUUCAUGUGACGAACGAAUAAGUCCUGGAACAGUAGCUAUAGUCACUUGUCCAACUAAAUACAGAAUACCAGAUCAUAAUCCAAUACAAACAUUGCUAUGCUCUGAGAAAGGACAAUGGGACUAUACACCAUCACGUUGUAUACCGAUUUGUGGAGAUGAAUUGAUCCCUAGUGUACCAUUUCUUACAAAUGCUGAUAAAACUAAUAUAACAGCUGUGCCCUGGCAUGUUGGUGUUUAUAUUAACCAAAAAAGGAAAUACAAACAUCAUUGCGGAGGAACCAUUAUUAGCGCCAAAGUUAUCAUUUCAGCUGCACAUUGCUUCUGGGAUAAUGCGAACCAAAAACCCUACCCCAAUUCAUUGUACGCUAUUGGAGCUGGGAAAUAUUUCCGGGAGUACUAUGAGGAUGAAAUAAAAGCUCAGAUUCGAAAUAUUUCCCAAAUAGCCAUUCCAGAAGAAUACGCUGGUGAAGAUUCAAAAUUUAAAGCUGAUCUUGCAGUUAUUGUUGUUACCAAUCCAUUUAUAUUUUCCGAAUUUGUUUCGCCCAUUUGUAUUGAAUGGAAAAAGGAAGGUGCCAAAGCUAUUAAGAGCGGUUCGUACGGCAAGGUAGCCGGCUGGGGAAAAACCGAGGAGGGAAUCUAUAGUACAGAGCUGAAGACAGUUAGUGUUACAGCUAGCAGCAAUGAAGCUUGCAAAAAUGAAGUGGAAAGUCAAUAUGCUGAUGCAAUAACUGACGAUAAAUUUUGUAUUCUAAAUAAGUUCGAAAAAAACGCCUGUCAAGGUGACAGUGGCGGAGGUUUUGCAGUGCAGAAAGAAAUUUCGAAUAGAAAUCGAUAUUUUCUAUGGGGUAUCGUUAGCACAGGUGUACCAUUGGGAUUAACUUGUAGUAAUUAUCAAUUUGUCAGUUAUACAAAUAUUCAAUACUAUGAAGAUUUUAUUACUGAUUUAGAGAUUCGAAACAGAGCAAAAUAGAAGAUAUCAAUAAAAAAAACUCAAAAAAAUGUUUUUAUAAUUUUAAUUUCAC